UCGCGUAGCGGUAGUGUUGUGCUUGUGGUGUCGUGUUUCUCGUGUCUCGUCGAGCUCCAAUAACGCUUUUAUCUGUCGCGAUUACAAUGUGAGUUCAGUGAAAAAUAACGUCGAGAUAUUAUCGCUAAAUAUGUUUUCGAGCCGGUGUUAAGCAACAAUCCCCGAACAAAAGUAAAAGCAAGCGAGUUUGUUUCACUACCGGACCGCGUGCUCUCUGCUCCGUGUCGGUCGCUCCUCUUUUAAAGGAUUUUCAAGGUUAAAGCUUUCAUUGCCAGCACGAACGAUCCGUUGCUCUGAUUUUCUUCGUUCUACCAGACGCCAACCGAAGUUUGACAAUGGUUCGACAAAUUUCGCGCGUGAUUCUUUGAAGAAUAUUCCAAUUUCGUUCUACGUCAUCGCUUACCGACCGCGUUUACCGUCGAACGCCGCGGACCGUAGUUCGUAUCAAGGAUUACAGUGUUUGGAGUCGUGACAGGAAUGUUGACGCUCGAAAAGGAGCAAACACAAGACCUUCCGAGUAAGUAAGCAACAGAAACAAAGUGAAUCGUUAAAAGUUUCGCCGUUGUGUAUACAGUGUGAACUAUUCGAUGGCAGUGCGCUAUAUACUUGAAUAGAAAAUAGGAAAUUUAUCCCUCGUUCGGAAUUUCGAUCGAAUGGCAGCAGAUCCGGAGAGGGUGGGGUUCGCGUACGUUGAAUCGUGACACGUGCACAUUCGAACGCGUUUAAAUUGCUCGGUAAAAGAGACGGUAACAGGGACACGGAGUAUUCUCGAUAUAUUUGAAAAAUAAUGAGCGUUGCACGUUGAAGAGCGAACGCGACGACCGGUGGCGUGCAAUCACUUCCGGCAUCGUCUAUCCGUAAGAAGCCGGUUGAUCUCGAGGUGGCGGCCAUUUAACUGGAUAACGCGGUCCGUACCUCGGGAUCAAAUAUUACCACGUGACCGUGUACUCGCGAAAGAUUGAAGCGCAUUCUUUCGAAGAUGUCACGCCGGAGACAGGGCGCUUAAAGGGACAAGGACAGAUCGAGACCGGAUCGGUAGGGGGAAGGGAAGAACACGUGAACGAGUAGAGGGCGCGUUAAAGCCCUCGCGCGUUCACAAAACCGACGAACAAUGACGAUGGCUAGCAACAUAGUGGUCGAGUGGUUACGCUCACUUCAUCUCGGUCAGUACUCCGAGUCCUUUAUCGACAAUGGCUACGACGAUCUUGAGAUUUGCAAACAGAUCGGUGAUCCCGAUUUAGACGCGAUCGGUGUAUUUAAUCAAACGCAUCGGGCCCGGUUGUUGCAAUCGGUGAAAACACUUCGGGAAGAGGGCGCGGCGAGCGUUUACUUCACUUUGGAAGAGAGCAACGAUUGUUUGUGCGACAAUAUUAGUUCGAAAUCGUCUCGAACCUCUUCGGAGAGGCCGUUGAGUGACAAAGAAGCGCAGAGGGCAUCGCCUACCGCUAGUUCGUCGAGCGGGGGACAGGAAUUAACCAAGUUCGCGGACGAAUACGAGGAGGGCAAAGCGGAGCUCGUCAGAAUCCCAAAGAUGCAACUCAGAAUGCUGCUGCAGGAGAAACUUAGGCACGAUGGCAUCAGGUUGGCCUGUCAGCCCUACACAACACCGGAAGGCGAGAGGGGAUACUUGGAGGGGCUCGCUUCAAGGUAUGCAGACCUCUUCAGAACGCAUUACGGAGACGUCCUGGAGCCGCUCGAGGAGCUACGUCGCCGUGAAACAAAUGCUUCCCCCAGAAUGCCCAACACUCAACUCACCACCAGUCAUUCACAGCCCAUUUACGUGCCCGGAAAAUACUCGCCCUCGAGUUGCCUCAGUGAUAAGGAAGAGGAUGAGAUCUAUGGUUUUGGAUACGGGGUGUUUAGCAGACAAAUGCUUCAACAACGACAGCAGAAACUUGCUCUUGCUGCACAAAAUCCUACUCCAUUGACGCCGGGCACACAUCAACAAGCCUAUCAAAGCUGCCUGAGCCCAAGAUCCGCAUACUUCUACGAGUUCCCGCCCAAUGAGCAAGGACAAAGUACAAACAAGAAAAAGACAACAUUUUCGAGACUACUCCGAGGACUAAAGACGCACAGGAAAGAGAAACAAGCGCAAACUCAAGGUUCCCCGAGGCAUGGUCGUGCAAGGAUGGGUGUACCUCAAAGAGUGGAUACACCGGAUAGUGUACUGCAAAGUGGAUUGGGACUAGGACCAGACAUGGGACACACGAUUCUACGUUCCAUGGUGGAUCCACGGGAUUACGACCGAUUACGAUACCUUCAGAUGAACGGUGGACAACCAAACAGUUUCGAGGAAACUAUACACAGGCUGAAAGUUCAAGAGGCACUGAGGAAGAAGGAGCGAUUUCAUAAAGAACACGAAGAGGCUAGUCAGACAGGCAGAAAAAGACAGGAAGAAAUAAAGCGGAGAGUUUCCUUUGAGGCUGCGAGCAAUAUGGAAAUAAAGAUACUAAGGGACAUCCGGCAAGGUUUAAUGCAACUCGGACGGGACGGACGAGGUCACCUCCCUGGAGAUGACACUUAUAUGUAUGACGAAGACGCGCGUUGCGGAGGGAUAGGUCCAGGUCCUGGAGGACAGCACUGGUAUGACGAGCCUCCUUAUGAAUCAGACCCUGAAGAUUUCCUUAUGGGUGCGAGUGGAGGUCCAGUGCCAACUGCAACUAUUCAAAAUGGAAGAGUGUGCUUCACGUUAAAUUUGAGGCCCGAGAAUCGAGGAGAAGGUAUCAUUUCCCUUCGGACUGCCGGGGACAUCAGCCUUCCACGUGAUCGAUCCAGAAAAGGGGCAACUUCGACGAUGCGAGGACUUAUUGUACCACAAGGUCACAAUAACCCACCGACUAUCAUACCGCUUACACAUUCUAGAGCCUCUCGAGAAAGCGGGGAUUACGCUAGCAGUGAUGUCCAGAGCCGGAGUAGCGGCGAGGAAGGACUAUCACCAAGCCAAAGCAGCGACUACGAGGAACAAGAAGAGCUUGAGAAUCAACAUUCGGCCGCCGUACACACAGUACGUGUCAUAUACAAGUUCUCCUUUCACGAGUGUCUUCCUUUCUCUCUAGUUCAGUCGGAAGCUAGCGCUCUACUCGAGGGCGAAAAUAGGGCGGGAAUUGCAGGCAGGGCAAGAAACUUGAGGCACGAUGUGCAACGCAAGAUUUCGAGGCUCCGCCAGGAUCGCACCUCCUCAGAGGCGUUUCCAUGUAGCGCCAGCAGCGUCGAGAGCCUCCCCAGCGGCAGUGGUUCUAGCACACAAGCACUUGUGCGUGCGGGAAGCAAUCACAGUUCGAUAUCUUGCGAAGAUAGGGAUGCUGUCAGUCCGAGCUCCAUUGGUCCUGUGCUAUGCAGAGCUAGAGCUCUGGUGGAUUAUACGCCUAGUCCUUACGAUAAGGAAGCGUUGAAAUUCAAGAAGGGAGACAUCAUCGACGUGGUGCAAAUGAACAAAAGCGGUCUGUGGAAGGGUGUCUUGCACAACAGGAUAGGCCACUUCAAGUUCAUAAACGUCGAGAUACUGAACGACAGAGUUCCAAGGCGCGGUGAACCCGAAGGGCGGGGAAAGUGGGGCCAGAGAUACAGGCAGAAGCCUGGUUCCGUUCAAGAGCUCUUGCAGAGAAUGAAUCUUCAGGAACACAUUCCUGUUUUCGUAUUGAACGGGUACGAAGAUCUCGAGCUCUUCAGGGAAAUAGAGCCCUCGGAUCUUGAUUAUCUGCGCAUACAUCAGCCGGAACAUCGUGCCAAGAUACUCACCGCUGUGCAACUAUUACAUGAUCUUCAAUCCGGAAGCGAGGGAGACUUAGCGUCAAGCUCGGAGGGCGACGAGGUGAAUCGACUGGUGUUAACAUCUGGCCAGACAUCCGGCCAUUGUUCACCGUUUAAUCGUCGCCAGUUCCCACGGGAUUCUGGAUGUUACGACGCCCACAAGAAUCUCACUGGUCGACGGACCGUGAGCCCAGAAUCUUCAACGGCCACCAAACUGUCCAGGGAGAACAACCUGGACGUAGCGGCGCCGGCGAAAAACGUGACCGGUGUCAACACCGAUGGUAGCCAAGGUUCCGAUAACAAAGACGACUUCCAUCCGAACAUACCCAUCAGUUACAACGUCGUUCCCGGUCAGAAGGAAGGUCAAUUCGACAAAUCGCCGUUGCUCCGCGGAGGGAACGUUCGGUUCAUCGCGAAGAGGGGCAACUUUGGCGAGACAGUGGUGAUCGAGGAUACUUGUGAAAGCGGACAAAAGGUCGGCGGUAUGGUAAAGUACGUAGUUGGAAGUAACGACCUUGGCCUCGAAGGUACCGGCACGGUAACCGGUCUCGGUCAGAGAAGUUGCCUCAGCGAGAAAUCCAGCGAUUCCGGUGUCAGUUCAUCGAGUAUCAGCUCGGCGCCUCCGCUAAGAGACAAAGUUCUUGCGAACGUCGCCUCGGAUUCACCUGCUAAGAACUUUGGUAAUUUCACCAAGGCGUCGCCGACCUCUCAGCCAGCUAAUAAGAGUCAGAGCAGCGAUGCUAGUUACCAGUGAGAAACAAUAUCAGUGACGUGCUUAACGAAAUUCAGGAAAAUCUCGGCAACCCUUACCUUUGCGUUCCAUCCUCUUUUCGUUAUUCUUCUACUUUGAUCGUAAGUAUCUUGAAUUUUCUUUUGAUCCUUCGACACCGAGUCCGGUUGGACUGACGAUGGGUUAGGUGUUUCGUACCAGGACAACGAUCGAAAUUCUUUGCAGCAAUGGGUAACGUAGGAUAUCAUUCAGGAACCAAGUAAAACGAAAGCAAUAAACAUUUAUGAAUUAAUUAAACUUGGUAUUUUUGCAGUAAUUAAUAUUCGUGCUUGAAUGUAUGAAAUGUUCCAAAUUGUGAAUACUUUGUAGACAGAAUGUAAGAUUGCUUUUGUUUAUCGUUUCAUCAGAUGCAAGAAAAAGAAUGGCAUCUUAAAGUACGUGGAAUCAAAAGGAAUAUAACGAGGUGCCUUGCCAUCCUUUGUUGCCUUAACGAUUCUUUCUCCUCGUUAGUCUAUAACCAAAAGUAUGCUGCUACCUGUUCUUUAGCGAGAAUUCCAACUUCAUUUCUCUCAUCUGAAAUCGGUCUUGUACUUCAUUAUUCUUGUCCUGAAUUUUUUACGAAUCGCGGUAAAAGAGGUACAAAGAAAAAGAAUAAAAAUUUUUUUUGUUUUCUUUUUUUGAGCAGUUUUAACGAGGAUGUAAGCAAAGUUUCUCGACUUUUGUACUGUGUACGAAUUGAAAGAAUUCCAUUGAAGAGAAAAAAGGAAUAUGUAAAUCACGGUCAUUUCAUGAUCUCGUCUAUCGUUUUCAACGCUCGUGUAAUUAAUGAUAAUAAUAAUAUGUGAUAAGGUAGUAUAUACGCCUGCAUAACGUGUAAAUAGAUUAACAAUUAACGAAAAUACAAUCACGUUCGUGGUUUAUUGCAAAAGACGUUUAACGAAAAUAAUUGGGGAAAAAAGACUCGUUGAACCGUCAAUUUAAUUUGAUACAAGACUUGAUCAGCUGUUCGAUCGUUCUCCAAGAUGGCUGAUUUUUAGACCAGUAAUUCGUAGACUAAAGACUGCCAACGCUAUUGAUACUUUUCUCUUGACGAGGAGAAAUAAUUCAUUUUUUUACUCUUGUAUGUUUUUGCUACGUUUAGCUCUAAUUUACUCCGAUAAUACGAGAGGGAUUUAUGUGGCGAACGAUUUAGUUAAGUCGUAGAUUGCAUAUAAAUAAAUAGAUAUGUAUAAUGGAGAAGUAAAAAAAUGAUACGUGUUCGAAGUCCGUAAAAAUAAAUGAUGUAGAUAUUCAAUUGAUUAGGUAUUAAAAUUAAAAGCAAUUAAUUUGAGUGACAUCGAGACCAUGCAAUAAUUAUUCUAUUUCUUAUUAAUUUCAAAUCAUAGACACCACUCUUUAACUUUCGGACGGCGGACCAUGGAGAGAGUCCCAAUUUUAAUUUUUUUAAAUUAGCAUCGUAGGCGAAUUUACCACCCUUCUGUGAACGUAUACAAUUUUUUCCAAAAUUGUAGAAAAUAAUAAUUUGCCCCGUCCGAAAGUCAAGUCAAGUUAGAUCUUCCUCCCCUAAUCUCACCUGCUCCACCUGAGACAUAGCCAAGAAAAAUAAUAAAAAUCCUUAUGCACUCAACAAGAAUCGCUUUUCUCCUUCUUUUUUUUUCACAUAAAUAUUUAAUAUUGUUAGUACACAAUCGACAAUCCCCAUCAUCGAUGCAACUUAGUUCUUCGACAUGAUGGUUACCUGUACAUGUGUAUAUUGAAACCAUACCGGAUGAAACGUUGAAAGUUACAAAGUUUUCGUAUGUAUAUACAGCACUCAUAGAAACAUAACGAUGUUUUAUAUUGACCCAAUCUUUGCCAAAACUUUAGACUAUAAAUAUAUAUAUAUAUAUAAAUAUAAAUAUGUUAUAUAUCAAAUCGUUGGAUCUUAUGUACAUCUUUUGUAUAGUGUAAAAUGAUGGACGAAUAAUGGAUUGAACGAGAUCAGAAAUGAAACAGAUUAAAGACUUACAUGUACCAUGGAUACGAUUAUCAAAAUCUCUAUAUAUCUCAAUACUGUAAAUAAAAUAUACGUAAAAAUGUUUAAGAAACAAUUUGAUUAUUAUGGAGGACAGCCGGAGACUGACAAGUAAAUGUUAGAGAUCUUAUAGAAUUUAACAUGCAUGUUUAUCUUCUUCAUUACUAUCAAUUUACAAGUAGUUUCACAACCGACGAAUAAAGUAUUGAUUAUAUAUAGAAAUUUUAUAGAAGUGUAAAAAGAAAAAAAAAAGAAGUUUCAUCCAUGAUUUUCAGUUGAAAUAAUUUUGAACAUGCUGCUUUUAUAAUAAUGGUUCUUUUAUUAGAUUGACAGCUGAAUUUGCAAUCUUUUUAUGCAUUUUAUUUAAAAAUUUUAUUGCAACGGGAUCAAAAAAUUACUGCAAGGAUUCUAUAAUUGUCAAUUUAGUUGCCAAUCUAAUAUUAUAAAGGGUGUUAACAGAUUGUUAAUUAAUAAAGGGUUAAUAGUACUCAUACAUACAAAUAGAAAUCUUUUAACAUCGUUAAAUAAGAAAAUGGCAAAUUUUUAUUUUUGAAUUUUCAAGAAUUCUAUUAGCUUGAAAUUUUCAUUUUAAUUACCCCUUGUACGACUAAUGCUGGAUCAAUUAAGACUUAGCCUUACAUAUGUCUUACAUGACACUAUAAUAAUGAAAAAAGAAACAAUAGAUAAUAAAAUAAAUGCCUGAAGAUGUGUACAAAAGAAAAUUUGAUUAAUAAGUCAUGUUUGACCCAGCACCCACCGUACUAAUUAAUAAUUCAUUAACACCCCAUGUACCUAAUUCAAUUUUUCAGUUUUACGUUGCAAUUAAACGGGUUAUCGAAAAGUUUGACACGUUUCUUUGCAAAGUACAUUCGCGAGAUGAAAUGUUUAUUACUUCAUAAACACGAAUUACUAUAAUGGUAUAGUUUAUCCGUUCCAUUGAGAGAAAUAUUAUGCGUAGAGAUUGAAUCAAGAGAAAGAAGAUUGAAAAUUAAGAGGGAGCGAAUGAAGAUAUUAAUUAGUAAGGAAUUUUGUGGUGAGAAUACGAAUAGACGCAAUACAAAUGAUCGUAUUAGUUGAAGCAUAUAGCGUUUAAUGUAAAAAAAAAAUAAUAAUAAAAAAAAAGAUCAAAUUCAUUUAUGAGAGUAGGUACAGUGAAUCAUAAUCGAAAUAAGUAAUUUGAGGAAAAAAAGACGUCUGAUGGUAAAGAGGUUUAUUAAAUAUGUAUGCCCGCGCGUGGGAAAUGGACGAUCCGUUUACCGGAAGUGGCCAUCUCGAGGAGAAGUACGAAGGCGUCUGAAUCGCUGAUAGUGAAAAUACAAAAUAUAAAAAAAUGAUUAAGCGUUUACUUAGCGGUCUAGUCCAUUUUUUCUUGCAAAGUUUAAUGCGAUACAUAAUUGUAAAUAAAAAAAAGUAAGGGGAUAAUAAUAAAACAAAAUAAUAACAGGACUAGAAGAUAUGCAAUCGCGUCAACGUGAGUUGCUAAAACCUUUUUAUAAACUGAUUUUGUAUUUAUUAAUUAAUUGCGGUUUUUUAUAGAGGUAACGAAUCCGUAAUUCUUAUCGCCUCUCAGU